AUGACGUCUACUACUGAUACCGCCGUUAAUGCAAACUCUUCGAAGGAAAGCGUGUCAAAGGAUGUUGAGUCAAAUGCGGAGGCCAAGCCUAAGGCAGUGAUCACAGGAAGAGAUAUUCUCAUACAAUACUUCAAGGGAGAUUCCAUAGCAUUGAUAACGUACCGCAAAAUUUGCAACGCAAUUGAAAUGCUUCCAAAAUGGGAACCGGCUGCAAAAAUUCAGUUUUUGGAGCAGUUCCUCAAUAUCAGUGACUUGCUGGACGAUCGAUGUACAGAUCUUGUUACUAAUCUUUCACGAUUGAGUUGGCAAGCAAUACCGAGCGAAAUAAUGGACCGAUAUUUAAGUAUGCUGUGUGAUGUGGCUAUUCGUCAGGUCACUCACACGGAAAUAAUUUAUUGUAGCGCUGUGAGCAAUCUAAUCCCAGUGAUGAAGCUCAACGAAGGAAAAGGGACUACAGAGCUUGCAUUGUCGAUUGAAGAGCAGGAUAAAUAUUAUGCCAUGGCUCAUCGAGUUAUCGCGCAGAUUUAUAAGUGCUUUCCUAUGUCUACCAAAAUCCUCCUAAAGGCGCUUCGCGUCGGAGUUCCGCAUUUUAGCCAUGAUAGUUGGCGUUUUAUCGGUUAUAUGAGAAAUUUGAAUAUGCUUGCAAAAUCUGAAUUCCAUGAUGAUAAGAACUGCACAGCUGACACUGCUAUAUUUGAUAUGGAUGAGGAGCAGCAACAGGAAGCUGACAGUGAUGAGGAUGGCACGAUGGCAAAACUUGACGGUGUUAUGCGAGAUGUGUUAUGCUACAUUGCGAUGAACAUGGCGUUGUUGCUUCUGUCGCGAUGGGUGAUGCAAGUUGGUUACGUCUGGGCAAUGAAGCGAAAGGAGAAGAAGUGUUUUCCAUACUUCUGUCACUCUUGGAAAGUCGGAUGCUCUUGGCUGUACACGUCCGCUACACCUCAUUUAUCUGGCUUUACAUCUGCAGUCUUGAUGAGUUACGCCACAAGGACAUUGGAGCUUUUGUGGUCCGUUAUUGUUCGGCCACAAAUCGCGCAAUCAGAUGUAGCAAAAGGACAUGGGGCUGCUGCCUAUCUGGCUGCUUUUCUAGCUAGAGCAAAAUACCUUGACCUGCAAUUUUGCCCGGUGUCAUCAGGCAUGGAGCAUUUUACGCAUUGUGUCAGGCAUUCUUCAUUAUUUUCUCAUUUCGGUAUAAAGAAAUGGUUAAAAGCGGAGAUAUUGAAGAAAUUGGAAGGUGGGGACUUGGACGCAUCGUUCAUUCGUCGCUGGAUCCACUUAAAUACGUUGUUAGACCUGUUGGAUUGUGCUUUUGCUGCUAUUAGUCGGUCUCUGCAGUUGGUAUAUUGCAAUCAUUUGUUGCCGUUUGACGCAGGCACGAAACUGCCUUUCGAACCUAUGUUCCCGUUCGAUUCUUUCAAACUUAAAAGCUCAAUAACACUGGUGUGCUCACAAAUGCGACGCUUUUCUCCUUUGGCUGAGGACAAGUCAGAAGUAUCAUCUGUAUUGCGAAGCUCUCGAAUCAGCACCUCUGUCAAUGAAGACAACAUGGAUUUCCUUGAAGAGGAUGAUAUGAUUAUAGGUUCAUACAGUGACACCCGUCCGUCAGGUGUACCGCAGUGUGGCUACCAGCCCUCCAUGUUCACGAUAUAUUCGACUAGUCCAGGUCUCAGACACAUUGGAAUCCUAUGGAUAUGA